CUGCAGGUUCUCCUGCUGAGCGAGCAUGCGCGUGCGCCGACGAAGGGGAGUGUGUAUGCUGCGGGCCACGAUUUGUACGCGGCCAAGGAUGUGGUGAUUAAGGCAAGAGGGAGGGCGAUUGUGGCGACGGAUAUCAGCGUGAGCGUGCCGGUGGGAACAUACGGCCGCAUCGCGCCGCGCUCCGGGCUGGCGGCGAAACACGGCAUCGACACGCUGGCGGGCGUCAUCGACGCGGACUACCGCGGGCCCGUGGGCGUGAUCCUGGCGAACCUGUCGGAUGUGGAUUUCGAGGUCAAGGUUGGGGACCGCGUGGCGCAAUUGAUUGUUGAGAAGAUCGCCAUGCCCGAGGUCGUCGUCGUAUCGAAACUGGACGAGAGCGUGCGCGGCGCUGGUGGCUUCGGCAGCACAGGA